GCCCAUCUUCGGCAAGUUCCGCCGGCGCCGGUCGGAAAUGGCCGCCGGCCGGCAGGGGGAGCGGAGGAUCCGGCGCGGCCUGGGAGGCGUGCAGCCGGCGGCCAGAGCGGCUUGUGGGAAGCGGACUUUCACGCAGGCAACGGCGGUGGCUCGUCCCUGACUGGAAGCCGGAGAACAAGCUCUUGUGUCCACUAGUUCAAGAAAUCCUGUGUUGAAGCAUAAUGCUACUAUAUAAGCCAGAGGAAGGAAGAGCGCUGCCAGGCCUGAUUGUUGGUAGUGACAUGGAGGACAGGGCUGGCAUUUCAAACUGCCAGCUGUUUUUACCAGUCACUGAAUAACUUGAAUAGAAGCUAUGCUUAUUGGCUGACCAACAAAGCCAAGGAACAAAAGCUAUGGCAGUUAAAGUGGUCCCUCAGAGUCCAGGGCUCUUCCCCUGGCUUUUAGCACCAUGGAGCUCUUCCUUUUCAUCCCAUCAGCAAUGUGGUACCUUCUUUUUGGUGACAACAGCCGAGACUUCGGAUUUGCCUGACUAGGGUUCCUGAAUCACAGUGAGGAAAAUGAAAUUUCCAUUUUAUUUGGUGCCUUGUGGUGCAGGGAGCACACUGAUUCUUCCAGAAACUUGUAUGUGAAAAGAGGUUGAGUUUUGUCAAACAGACUCAUGGUUAUGGCGAGUGAUCCAACGUGAUCCGAGUGGGCAAGAGCCACAGCGAACUCAUGACAGGCUAUACCAUGUUGCGGAAUGGGGGUGUGGGGAAUGGUGGUCAGACCUGUAUGCUGCGUUUGUCCAACCGCAUCCGGCUGACAUGGCUGAGUUUUACACUGUUCAUCAUCCUGGUCUUCUUUCCCCUCAUUGCUCACUAUUACCUUACCACUCUGGAUGAGGCAGAUGAGGCUGGCAAGCGCAUCUUUGGCCCUCGGGCUGGCAAUGAGCUCUGCGAGGUAAAGCACGUUCUAGAUCUUUGUCGGAUUCGUGAGUCUGUGAGCGAAGAGCUUCUACAGCUAGAAGCCAAGCGGCAGGAGCUGAACAGUGAAAUCGCCAAGCUAAACCUCAAGAUUGAAGCCUGUAAGAAGAGUAUAGAGAACGCCAAGCAGGACCUGCUGCAACUCAAGAAUGUCAUUAGCCAGACAGAGCACUCCUAUAAGGAGCUGAUGGCCCAGAACCAGCCCAAACUGUCCCUGCCCAUCCGACUGCUCCCCGAGAAGGACGAUGCUGGCCUUCCACCCCCCAAGGUCACUCGGGGUUGCCGGCUUCACAACUGUUUUGAUUACUCUCGCUGUCCUCUGACGUCUGGCUUUCCUGUCUAUGUCUAUGACAGUGACCAGUUUGCCUUUGGGAGCUACCUGGACCCUUUGGUCAAGCAGGCUUUUCAGGCUACAGUGAGAGCCAACGUUUAUGUUACAGAAAAUGCAGCCAUUGCCUGCCUGUACGUGGUGUUAGUGGGAGAAAUGCAAGAGCCCACUGUGCUGCGGCCUGCAGACCUUGAAAAGCAGCUAUUUUCUCUGCCACACUGGAGGACAGAUGGACACAACCACAUCAUCAUCAACCUGUCCCGGAAGUCAGACACACAGAAUUUACUGUACAAUGUCAGUACAGGCCGGGCCAUGGUAGCCCAGUCCACCUUCUAUGCUGCCCAGUACAGACCUGGCUUUGACUUGGUCGUGUCACCUCUUGUCCACGCCAUGUCUGAACCCAACUUCAUGGAAAUCCCACCGCAGGUGCCAGUUAAGCGGAAAUAUCUCUUCACUUUCCAGGGCGAGAAGAUCGAGUCUCUCAGAUCUAGCCUUCAGGAGGCCCGUUCCUUUGAGGAAGAAAUGGAGGGCGACCCUCCUGCCGACUACGAUGAUCGGAUCAUUGCCACCCUAAAGGCCGUCCAAGACAGUAAGCUGGAUCAGGUGCUGGUAGAAUUUACUUGCAAAAACCAGCCGAGGCCCAGUCUGCCGACUGAGUGGGCACUGUGCGGGGAGCGGGAAGACCGCCUGGAGUUACUGAAGCUCUCCACCUUCGCCCUCAUCAUCACUCCCGGGGACCCGCGCCUGCUCAUUUCCUCUGGGUGUGCAACGCGGCUCUUUGAGGCCCUGGAGGUGGGGGCUGUGCCGGUGGUGCUUGGGGAGCAGGUGCAGCUCCCGUACCACGACAUGCUGCAGUGGAACGAGGCUGCCCUGGUGGUGCCCAAGCCUCGGGUCACAGAGGUCCACUUCCUGUUACGAAGUCUUUCAGACAGUGAUCUGUUGGCUAUGAGGCGGCAAGGCCGCUUUCUCUGGGAGACCUACUUCUCCACCGCUGACAGUAUUUUUAAUACCGUGCUGGCCAUGAUUAGGACUCGAAUUCAGAUCCCAGCCGCUCCCAUCCGGGAAGAGGUAGCGGCUGAGAUCCCCCAUCGUUCAGGCAAGGCAGCUGGAACUGACCCCAACAUGGCUGACAAUGGGGACCUGGACCUGGGGCCGGUAGAGACAGAACCGCCCUAUGCCUCACCUAAAUACCUCCGCAAUUUCACUCUGACGGUCACAGACUGUUAUCGCGGCUGGAACUCUGCACCCGGACCCUUUCAUCUUUUCCCACACACCCCUUUUGAUCCUGUGCUGCCCUCUGAGGCCAAAUUCCUGGGCUCAGGGACUGGAUUUCGGCCCAUCGGUGGCGGGGCUGGGGGCUCUGGCAAGGAGUUCCAGGCAGCGCUUGGAGGCAAUGUCCAGCGGGAACAGUUCACAGUUGUGAUGCUGACCUAUGAGCGGGAGGAAGUGCUCAUGAACUCCCUGGAGAGACUCAAUGGCCUCCCCUACCUGAACAAGGUAGUGGUGGUGUGGAACUCCCCCAAGCUGCCCUCGGAGGACCUUUUGUGGCCAGACAUUGGUGUCCCCAUCAUGGUUGUCCGUACUGAGAAGAACAGUUUGAACAAUCGGUUUUUGCCCUGGAAUGAGAUUGAGACAGAGGCCAUACUGUCCAUCGACGAUGAUGCUCACCUCCGCCAUGAUGAAAUCAUGUUUGGGUUUCGGGUCUGGAGAGAGGCACGUGAUCGCAUUGUGGGUUUCCCUGGCCGGUACCACGCGUGGGACAUCCCUCACCAGUCCUGGCUCUACAACUCCAACUACUCCUGUGAGCUGUCCAUGGUGCUGACGGGCGCUGCCUUCUUUCACAAGUAUUAUGCCUACCUGUAUUCUUAUGUGAUGCCCCAGGCCAUCCGAGACAUGGUGGAUGAAUACAUCAACUGUGAGGAUAUUGCUAUGAACUUCCUUGUCUCCCACAUUACACGGAAGCCCCCCAUCAAGGUGACGUCGAGGUGGACUUUUCGAUGCCCAGGGUGCCCUCAGGCCCUGUCCCACGAUGACUCUCACUUUCAUGAACGGCACAAGUGUAUCAACUUUUUUGUCAAGGUGUACGGCUAUAUGCCUCUCUUGUACACACAGUUUAGGGUGGACUCUGUGCUCUUCAAGACCUGCCUGCCCCACGACAAGACCAAGUGCUUCAAGUUCAUCUAGGGCCUUGCCAGUUCUGAGGAGACAAUGAGCAGAGUGAGG